AUGUUUCACUUACGGCCCUUUCCGCAAACUUAUGCCACUCAAGAAAUAUUAGAGAAGAGUUUUAAUGAAAAAUGCUGGUAUAAUAAUAAAUGGAUAAGCUGCUCUAAUGCUCCACCCAAUACAGCGUAUCCUAAGCCUGAAGAAGAUAAAUCAAGACCGUCGCACCUGUUCUAUAAUUCGCAUUGGCCUAAGCUUCGUAAAGAUAACCAGACGGGACCAUUUGAUAAGUCCCUUAGACCAUUUCAGAUUUUAAUUGCACGAAGACAUAAAUAUCUAGACAAUUUAUAUCAAUCUAAGCAUGCAAAUCAAAAUAACGACCAAAUCACUUCAAACAAUUCAAGACUUAAAUAUUUUUAUCUUAACAACGAAAAAGAUGACCUGAACAAAAGAUAUUCUCUUUCUAAUAUCUUCACAACAUCUUUAGAUAGAUUUGAGAAUCUAUUUUAUCAGGUAAGUUUUAAUAAAUUAACUUCAAUAAGUCCACAAGAUCGUAAAGAGAACGGGAUAAGUUUCGCCCAGACAGGGCUGUUUUUGUACAUGGCGCUUAUGGUGUUAUCUACAGCAGUAGAUUCAGCUACGAAGUCAGAGAUUGUAACAAUCUUGGAUAUAAAGGCAAAUACUACGGAGCAUGUAAGAACAUUAGAAACUAUCACAUCGUGGUUCCCACUUUCAAGCCAAAAUUUGAAAUUUCGAUGGGCUUCCCGCCUAUUGGUAAACGCAAGGUUGCCAGUUAGCCAGAGUUUCAAGGAAGGCGCCGCUAAAGUAAUGAAUAUGAAAAUAAUACGAUUGAAUGGAACCGAAACAUCUGAAUAUUUAACCAGGACUUUAAAUAGUAUGGUAGAAAUAGACUCAGCGGGAGCUUUGCGAAACACUUUCGAAGAGGACGAUCUUAAUAUUAAAAUUUGCUCAAUUUUGAUAAUGACGUCAUAUAUUCGCGCGUCCUGGCGGUCGGCACCCACAGUCCUCAAUGGAACUAAACCGUUUUAUGACUCCGAGAAAGUUAAGCCAGAUCGGUCGGUUCGCAUGAUUAGGUUGAAUGAUAUCAUGCGAUAUGCUGCUCUCGAGGAAUUGAAUGCCGAGGCUAUUGAAAUUAACUAUGCUACACCGGGCUUAACCCUUCUCUUACUGGUGCCUAAGAGUUAUUCCCUCAAAAAGUUAGCCGCUGCGAUGGCCAGAAUACGCCCCUACGAGAUAUCUGAUAAGAUGAGCACUAUGAGGAUAGCUGCAACUAUACCACUCUAUACGCUGCGUAUGACAUUGCUGUUACCAGAGAAACUUCGUAAGAUGGGAAUAACUCGUUUGGUAAAUAACGACACAUGUACUACACUAAAGCUAUCUCAUGCAGUCCAACGCCUUAUGUUUUGGUCGGAACCAGGACGCAACGCUUACAAAGACGAUGGUAUCGAAUGGGACGAGGUGCCGGAGCGCGAGAUUAUAGUGAACCGCCCCUAUCUUUUUUAUGUGCGCUGGCAUAAUAUUACAUUAAUGAAUGGCAACUUCGUAUUA